UUCCAGGCCCUGCCCCAUCGCCCUCCGGCUGGCGCCUCCUGCCUCCAACAUGGCGGCUCCCUGUAUGUCCUGCGGCGCAGCAGCUUCCUACCGGCUCUUUCUUGCGGGUAGGCUUAGCUUCGCCCGGGAACAAGGCUUCUGGAAAGCCGCAGCUUCUGGGCUGCAGACAGGUACCAGAUGCCAGAUAUUAAGGCUCAAACAUUCCCCAGGUGUAACAACAAAGAAAAGUGUUGCAGCCUUAAGACGUGAAAGUUACACAGUGGACUUUAUUAAAAAGCAGAUUGAAGAGUUCAACAUUGGGAAGAGACACUUGGCCAACAUGAUGGGGGAGGACCCAGAAACCUUUACCCAGGAGGAUGUUGAUAGGGCAAUCACUUACCUUUUUCCCAGUGGUUUGUUUGAAAAGCGAGCCCGGCCCAUAAUGAAGCAUCCCGAAGAGAUUUUUCCAAAACAAAGAGCUAUCCAGUGGGGAGACGAUGGCCGCCCAUUUCAUUUUCUCUUUUACACUGGCAAACAGUCAUACUACUCAUUAAUGCAUGAAGCCUAUGGAAAGGUGCUCCAUGUAGAAGAACGCCAAGACCAGCUGCGAGCCAAAGGUCUGUUUUCAGAAAAACCUAAAACCAAAGACCCGAUUGGCAGCAGAUGGCUGAUUAAGGAAGAACUGGAAGAAAUGUUAGUAGAAAAACUGUCAGAUCAAGAUUACACACAGUUCAUCCGGCUGCUGGAAAGGUUAUCAGCCUUGCCGUGCGAUGCAGCCGAAGAGGAGUUUGUGGGCAGGUUCCGCAGGACAGUGACUAUUCAGUCGAAGAAACAUCUGAUCGAGCCUUUGCAAUAUGAUGAGCAGGGCAUGGCCUUCAGCACAGGCCAAGGUAAGAGAAAGACUGCAAAUGCGGAGGCGGUUGUUUAUGGCCACGGAAGUGGGAAGAUAGAAAUAAAUGGCGUCGACUACCUGCUCUACUUCCCAGUGACCCAAGACAGAGAGCAGCUCAUGUUCCCCUUUCAUUUCCUCGACCUGCUUGGGAAGCACGAUGUGACCUGCACGGUGUCGGGAGGCGGGCGGUCAUCACAGGCAGGUGCCAUCCGCCUGGCCGUGGCCAGAGCCCUGUGCAGCUUCGUCACCGAGGACAAGGUUGAAUGGAUGCGCCAAGCUGGACUGCUCACCACGGAUCCCCGCGUCCGGGAGCGGAAGAAGCCCGGCCAGGAGGGCGCCCGCAGGAAAUUCACCUGGAAGAAGCGCUGAGGGUCCCUGGCGGGAAAGCAGAGGGGCGCGCAGGGACCGGGGCCAGCUGCGGCUGCCUUGUGAGGUGACUUACUCUAAAAUGCGGUGCUGUGAAGGUCGCCUUCUAAGAAUAAUUACUUAAAAUGUUUCAGCUUUGUUCUGCUGCUUCAGUUUUAAAACUUUUUCAGAAGAGAGUUUUCAAAGCAUAACUCGGACUCCUGGCGUAGUCAGUCUGAAAGGAACGGUCAGCCAAACCCAGCAGGAGGCCUUUCUCAGACGGGAGGCCCCAGCCCACGGGUCUGAGCCGGGAGCCGCGCUGCGGACGGGGGAGCGGCACAGGCCCGCACUCCGUCCUCCCCGCGCGUCGCUUUUCCAGGCAGCCGCACGUUUUUCACAACAGAGGGGCAAAAAGCCCGCGGGGUCGCUGAUGCUGGCAGGCCAGCCUCUCUCGGGGCCUCUGGCAGCCACAGUCCUCUGUUUCUAUGAGCUUGACUUCUGUUUUUCUUUAAGAGUCUGUGUAUGAGUGACACCACUUGGUGUUUGUCUUUCUCUGUCCGGCUUGUUUCACGGCGCAGUACCCUCCAGGUAGGCUGCAGACUUGCAUUCACAGGAGGAAUCAGCUCUGAGGCUCUGGGCUCGCACGAUGCCCUGGGGGUCCCUCCCUGUGACACUGGGAGCCGCGGGCAGGAGGCGGGUUUUGGGGUUCUGUAAAGGACAGUGAGUCUGGUCUUCGUGUGCAGCCCUGGACACAGCGGACAACGUGGUGAGAGGGCCUGGCCCAGGGGGAGCAGGGGUGAAGGCCCUGGGCGUGAUCUCUGUCUGUCUGGGAGGGGAGGACACAAGUGUCCACUUCACCUUCCACAUGUGAUACAAGCAGUUUUUGUUACGAACCGUUUUAUGAUAAAAGUAACUAAAGGACCGACCACCGUGAGACAGGAUGUAGGGCUCAGGUGUGGCCUUGGGUGGGGGGGAGUGCACCUGUGAGAUGGGGGCAUAGCAGCCCCUGGCCCAGGUUUGGGGGGUCAGGACAGUCCAGAGGCCCGCCAGGCCCCAGUAGGUGCACGGUCAUCGUGGGUGGUGAUUCUCAUCAGGAAACCCACCCACCCCCGACCCCCAUAUCCUCUAUCGUUCAGUUACACACAUGUGCCGGGGUCUCAGUCUAGAUGGGCAGGGGGAGUCAUGGUAUGAACAGUCAGUAUCCUUGAAAAUGAAGGAUGUUUCAUUGCUUUGGCCCCUCAGAACAAACAGAAGCACGAUGCUCUGGACGGGGUAGCUGGAAGCUGCAGACCCAGGGCCUCCACGUCUGUAACGACGUCCAGGCUACACCCCACAUGGCAGCCCCAGAGACACGGGUGUGCAGCCUGUGUACACAAGGGAGGUGGCCAACCACGAGGACCUCUCAGAGCCCAUAAGGGAAGGUCGGCCCCUUGCGUUUGCACAGUGCUGACACCAGGCACCCUGUCAUGAAGGCUGUGACCCUUUCCACCAAAUUAACCAUCAAGGGGGGCUUCCCUGGUGGUCCAGUGGUAAAGAAUCCGCCUUCCACUGGAGGGAGGGCACAUGGGCCUAAUCCCUGAUAGGGGAGCUGAGACCACACAUCUGGGGGCCUGCCAAGCCUGCACACCACAACUCGAGAAUCCCAGGCCCUGCAAUGAAGACCCCGCACAGCCAAAAAAAUAAAUAAAAAGUUAAAAAAUAUCAUCAAGAGCCAUAAAAAUCAACAUCUCACAAAAAUACCGCCACCCUCUUUGGUGACCAGCCUUGGGAUAUAGAAAUUUUUCUUAUUAUUUGUAAACCCUUGGUUAAGACAAAAUAAACUCAUUAAACACAUUAUUAAAAAUU